AGAUUAUUAUUUUUAUCUAUUUUGACAUCAAUUUUUAUGGGUAAAUUCUUUUUUUCAGACCUUCUUCCUAAGGUAACAUGUACUUAUUGUCAGGAAGACAUUAAUGGGGUUCGCGUUCAGUGCUGCGAGUGUCAGGAUUUUGAUAUUUGUUUGCAGUGUUUUGCCAGUGGAGCAGAAAUAGGCACCCAUAAGAAUGACCACCCGUAUAGGUUUGUGGAUCAUGGCUCUGUUAGUAUAUUUGGUGGAAGAGGAUCCUGGACUGGAAGAGAACAGCUGAAACUAUUAGAGGCUGCAGAAUUGUACUCAUAUGCCAAUUGGGACUUGAUGGCAGAACAAGUAGGAACGCGCACAGCAGAAGAAUGUAGAGAAGAGUUUACAGCUCGAUACCUGGAUGGAAAUAUUGGGAAAGUAAUGUGGGGCAAUGUUUCCAAGCCUAAUUUGGUUAUUAACUUGGCGGAAGAUGAGGGGCCAUUAUCUCCAGCUGCAUUGGCAAAACUACCUCCUUUGGACGCCACAUUGGAAGAGGCGAAAAUAUUGGGAUACAAACCACACAGGGAUGAUUUUGAGAGGGAAUACAAUCCAGAGGCUGAACAGUUAGUUGCCCAUCUGCAACUAGAAGAUAACACAGACAGCGACGUUGAAAGAGUUUUAAAACUGGCAGUUGUCGAUAUGUAUAUUAGGAGACUAAGGGAAAGGCAACGAAGGAAAAGAAUUGUUCGAGAUUACCAGUUGGUUGCUAAAUAUUUCGACAAUUUAAGGCGAGAUCCCUCCAAGCCAUUAUAUCCGAAAGAACAAAAAGAAUUGCGGGAUUGUAUGCGGCCGUUUGCUCAAUUUUUGAAUGCCGGUGAACACGAGCAGCUCAUUACGAGUCUUGAGCGCGAACGGGAACUGAGAGACAGACUAACGGAAUUGAAACGAUACAGAUCCCUUGGUUUAACAACUCAAGAAGAAAUUGUGCACUACGAGCAGCAUGCAGCGUUUCAAAGGCAACAAAUCCGACAAGGAAAAGCUGGUGGCAGUGGCCUUGCGAAUCCAGUGAGAAGUUCCAAUCAGUACUUAACGUCCCCAAACGGCGACGGAGAAACAAAAUUAAAUUUCAUCGACGAAAAAACCAUGUGGCUGUCCGGAAGCGAUUCCGCGUACGACAGCGGGGAGGGAGUGGGCGGAGAGACGAUGGACCAAUCAGCGAUGUCAGCGUCGAUUUGGACCCAACAGUCGCCAUCGACGAAGAAUAGUGCGAUCAAAGAAUCAGGGAAACUGGCUAUGGAGAGUUGGUCGAGCCAAGGGGAAGUUCAGAACAAACUGCUUCAUUUCAGUGGGACAACGAUCUAAACAUACAGCCGCUCACCUAUGUCACAUUGAAAUCUGUUAUUACUCAAGAAAAUCUACUCAAUUCAGAUCAAUGUGAUAAUACAAUCACACAGGAGCCGAACCUAAUGGAUAUCAACAUCAACGAUGAAUUAAUUCAAUUUUUGGGUCAAAGCUCUUGGUUGCCGGACGUUUCAACCGACUGAUUCUUCCCCUUUAGCUAAGUCUAAAUGGUUUUACUCCGUGGAACAAUUUUGAACUUUUAAUAUAGCAUGGUGUAUGUGAUCUCAGUUGAUUCUAAGCUUUUGCAGUCUUAUUGUUACAAUUAAUUAGAAUGUAUCGUUCUAAAAUCCCCUGCUCAUCAAACAGUUGAACUGCGCACUUAGAAUCAGAUGGCAUUAUAAGCAUGAAAACAAUGUACAAAAUAUAGAAUAUUAUGUUAUUAAAUACGUGAUUGUAUUUUUCUGUAUAUUUCCUAUUUUCAGCGAUUACCGAUUGGUAAAUUUUGUAAUAUACAAUUGUAAAAAGUACUUCUCGAAACCUAUCUUAAGUUUUGUGUUAUACCUUGACGUUUGUUUCUGCAAUUGCAUUUGUAAAUAGAACUAUUCUUAGACUCCACUUUACGGUAGAUGCGAUGUGUACAUAUUUCAAAACGUAUUUUAUUUUGAUUUGGUAAAUCUUAAUUCAAAAUGAAAAUCCGUUUACUUAGUUACUAAGAUAUGAAGUGUAAAAUUGUUAGUUAAGAAAAUUUCUAGACUAUUUGUCAUGAUAGUUUAAUCUUAAUUCGUUCCCAAUGAUAGUUGAAUUAUAUUUUUAUGGUUCCAAUAUUUYGUAAAUUUUGGAGUUGUUUGUUGAAUUUUAAUAAAUGUAACUUUAUUAAUUA